CUAACCACUUCUUCGCACGACUACUCGCUGUACAGCAUUCACCACUGCUGAACAUCGGCGAUGCCUCCCGCACCAACCCUCUCCUCUGCUCUCCCCUCAGGUGGCGGCUUCUUCCUCCCAUCCUACGAAUCCACUUCCGCAUCUGCCGCUGCCUCCUCCUCAUCCUCUUCGACUCAUCUCAUCCCCCUUCCCACCGAACCACAAGACGCACUCCGUCUCUCCCCUGUGCAGCUCACACGACUACGCUCCCAUCUCGACUUGCGAAUCCUUUCCAUUCAGAGAAGAUGGGCAAAGCGCUUCCACCACGCUCAGACAUCCAGUACAGAGUCAGUAGUAGCAGGCACAGAGGCCCCAACGGUCAGCUCUAGCUCGGACCCGCUCAUCAGCGGUGGUCCUCCUCUAGACUCGCCAGGGAAGUACGCUAAUGCCUGGAUGGACGAGGUACUUCCUCUCCUGGUUCGGGUGGACCCACUCGGUGCGAGUCAGAGCACGACGGUCCUGGCGUAUGCGAUGCGCAUGACGGAGUUGUUGCUCGGGGGCGUGGUCGGGUACGAGAUGCUUCAGGAGAGGGAUAGGGGGGAGGAGAGCUCCAAGGGGGCUCAGCAAGGAGAAAUGGGAGGAGGGGGAGAAGAGGAGCGGAGACCCUCUUCAACUUCUGGUCUGACAAGAAUACUGCAAGCACUACACCUCGUCGAUGCACUCUGGGCUUCACUCCUAGCAGGUCGUCGUCUCUCUCUGCCACACGCACUCGCACGAUCUUCCGCUGCACUCUCCAUUGCUUCUUCCAGCAACGGCAACAGCGAAAGCGUCUCUACCACCGCUCCUGCUCCAGCUUCAUCUACACCAGGAGCAACAAUUCGCGACUCUCUCCCCCUCUCCGGCUCAAUGGGCAUCAAGACCCUCUCGGGGACAGAUCGUGUACGGUUACGCAACCUACUCGUCGACAGGAGAGGUGAAGUGAGACGCUGGGUUGCUGAAGUCCUGGGCGUUGUGCUUGCUGGACCUGCUCCAGGAGAGGAGGUGGAUCGCUCGCUCCCAGGAGUGGAGAGGAGGGGAGAGUAUGGUGGUUCUAUACCGCCGAUGCAGAGUAGGAGAAAGAAGAGGGGACGAGCGGCGCUCGUUGAGCCACAAGACGCUACGGCAGAAGCAGCGCAGAGGGAAAGCAGCGCAGGAGAAGUCAAGGAGGAGAGAAGCGACGUUGAGGACGUCAACCUACUCUCAGCACCUGCUUCUGCUCCAGCGACAAAAAGGCGCAAGCAGACUAGAGGCGAUACGCAGCUUGCUACCCAGAUCAAGGAGGAGUCGGACGACGACGACGAAGAAGAAGAAGAAGAGGACAUGGAGGAAGUGGCCGUCCCCAUCUCUGCGGCAAGUGGUGGCCAGCCCAAGCUGGGGCAACGAUUCAAGGAGGAGGACGAAGCCGAGGAAGUCGAUGCAGCGGAACCAGAGCCAGAGCCAGAGACAGAGGAGCAUCGUCACUACCAAGCUCUCUUUGAUCGUAAGAUCGAGCUGGACGAUGAUGAUGAUGAGGCGGAGGAGGAGGAGGACGACGAAGAUGAGGAUGAAGACAGAGAUGGCGGGAAAAGAACCGGGAAUCCGCUCGACGACGAUGAGGAUGACGACCAGCCCCAUCUCGCAGUGGACCAGGGGAGAGGAGAAGGCUCAGCGCUCUUCAGCCCGCAGAACAAAGACUCCGUCGCCCUUCAAGUCAAUGGCAACACCAAUGGCCACGACCACAGCCACGACCACAGCCACGGCCACGGCUACGGCCCCGGCGACUCGAAUGCUAAUGCGAAUGGAGAUGGGGAUGGGGACAUGGACGCGAGUCGUCUAGGCUCCUUUGAGCUCGACGUUCUCCUUGCGCGCCUCUUCUCUCGAUCCCUCGCUUUGCUAGAGCGACUUGAGUGAAUAGGAUCGGGGACAAAGACUCGGCUGAAUGGAAGUUAAAGAAGAAUGGGGUAUCUUGUAUUUCUCAAUCGCUUGCCUGCCUGCCUGCCCGCCUUCCUUGCUUGAGUGGCGGGGC